AUGAGUUUUGGUUUUAGCGUUGGCGAUUUCAUUGCAGUAAUUGAGCUUGCGAAGAGAAUCCGGAAGGAAUUCAUUGACGCCCCGGGCCAGUUCAAGGACAUUUCCGAUGAAGUCAGAAGCCUCUCAAUUGUUCUUCAAGACCUCGAAGUCUUAUCGGAACGAGAGCUCAACAAUGAAGAGACGGAAGAGCUCCACGAGAUCGCAAGCGGCUGUCGAAACGUACUCGAGAAGCUAGAACUUACACUUGACAGGUAUCACGAGCUCGAACCAGGGCCGAAGGGCGUCAGCAGAAGUAUAAAGAGAGUAUGGAAGAGGUUAAAGUGGGAACCGGAUGAUAUACGUGAUCUACGGAGCCGUAUCAUAGCAAACAUCACUCUGUUAAAUACGUUCCAGGGAAAACUUGCCAGUCAAACCUCCCUAGCAACGAAAGUGGCUGUGGAUCGCUUGAAUAAGCGCCAAGAUGACCGAGAGUGUCGUGAAGAGCGGCAGACCAUUCUCGAGUGGCUUACCACUAUCGAUUAUGCUCCACAACAAAGCGAUUUCAUUAAUCGGCGAGAAGCGGGGACUGGACAAUGGCUUAUUGAUUCGGAGGAAUAUCAGACAUGGGUGAAAUCGCCAAAGAAGACGUUGUUUUGUCCUGGGAUUCCUGGAGCAGGGAAGACAAUCCUUACUGCGAUCACCAUCGAUGAUUUGACUAUGCGGUUCCGGAGUGAGGUAGACAUUGGCAUCGCGUACCUCUAUUGCAACUUCCGGCGGCAAGACGAGCAGAAGGCCGAUGACUUGCUUGCAAGCCUGUUAAAGCAGUUGAGCCAGGAGAGGUCUUCUUUACCAGAUAGUGUAAAGGCCCUGUAUGAAAAACACAAAGACAAACGAACCCGACCAACACUUGAUGAAAUAUCGAAAACGUUUCAGUCUGUAACUGCAAUGUUUUCAAAAGUCUUUAUUAUUAUCGACGCAGUCGACGAGUGUCGAACGACUGAUGGCUGCCGGACGAGACUCUUGACAGAGAUCUUCUUAGCUCAAGCUAAGUCAAGAGCAAACAUUUUUGCGACCUCAAGAUUCUUGCCCGAGGUUACGGAGAGGUUUGAAGGGAGCAUUUCACUAGAGAUUCGUGCUAGUGAAGAAGAUGUCCGACGAUACCUCGAUAGCUGUAUGUUUCGACUCCCAGCCUUCGUUAGUCGUAGCUUAGACCUACAAGAGGAGAUCAAAACUGGGAUUGUGCUAUUAGUAGAGGGAAUGUUCCUCCUUGCACAGCUCUAUCUUGAUUCCCUGAUUGGAAAGAGAUCAGCUAAAGCUAUCCGAACCGCUAUUGCGAAGCUACCUACGGGAACAAACAUAUAUGAUUGUGCAUAUAACAACGCAAUGGACCGUGUCGAAGGGCAGCUACAAGACCAAAAAGAGCUGGCAAAACAAGUCCUAUCCUGGAUCACGUGUGCAAAGAGACCGUUGACUACAUUGGAACUCCAACAUGCCCUUGCUAUAGAGGUUGGCGACUCCGAGCUCGAUGAAGAGAAUCUACCACAGAUUGAAGACAUGGUCUCUGUAUGUGCGGGGUUAGUUACAAUCGACGAGGAAAGCGGGAUUAUUCGAUUAGUCCACUACACAACACAGGAAUACUUCGAGCGAACGCAAAAGCAAUGGUUUUCUAACGCGCAGACUAAUAUCACCACAAUCUGCAUUUCAUACCUCUUAUUCGACGAGUUCGAGAGUGGGAUUUGCCAGAACGACGACGAGUUUGAGCAACGGCUUCAAUCAAACAAGUUAUACGAUUAUGUAGCGCAUAAUUGGGGAUAUCAUGCUCGGGAGGCUUCGAAUUCGUAUCAGGGUAUUACAGAAUUUCUUCAGAAACAAUGCCAAGUCGAGGCAUCAAGUCAAGCACUUAUGGCUGUUAAGCCAUGGUCCGGGAAUAAAGGAUACAGCCAAGAAAUUCCAAAGCAAAUGACUGGCCUGCACUUAGCCGCAUACUUCGGAGUGGACAGCGCAGUUAGAGAUUUACUUGGUAGUAAUAGUCCUGAUUCGAAAGACAGUUAUAAUCAGACGCCGCUGUCGUGGGCUGCUCAGAACGGGCACGAGGCCAUCGUCACGCUGCUGCUCGACCGGGGCGCCGAGCUCGAGGCCAAGGAUACGAAAUCUGGCCUAACGCCGCUGUCGUGGGCUGCUCGGAGCGGGCGCGAGGCCGUCGCCACGCUGCUGCUCGACCGGAGCGCCGAGCUCGAGGCCAAGGAUACGAAAUCUGGCCUAACGCCGCUGUCGUGGGCUGCUCGGAGGGGGCACAAGGCCAUCGUUACAUUGCUACUCGACCGAGGCGCCGAGCUCGAGGCCAAGGACUCUAGGCGCCGGACGCCGCUGUUAUGGGCUGCUCGGAGGGGGCACGAGGCUAUCGUUACGCUGCUGCUCGACCGGGGCGCCGAGCUCGAGGCCAAGGAUACGAAAUCUAACCUGACGCCGCUGUCGUGGGUUGCUCUAGGCGGGCACGAGGCUGUCGUCAAGCUAUUACUCGACCGGGGCGCCGAGCUCGAAGCUAGGGAUUCGAUAUAUAGCCGGACACCGCUAUCGUGGGCUGCUAUGAGCGGGCACGAGGCUGUCGUUACGCUGCUGCUCGACCGGGGCGCCGAGCUCGAGGCCAAGGAUUAUAGUAGCCGGACGCCGCUGUUGUACGCUGCUCUAAGCGGGCACGAGGCUGUCGUCACGCUACUACUCAACCAAGGCGCCGAGCUCGAAGCCAAAGAUUAUAGUAGCCAGACACCGCUGUCGUACGCUGCUCUAGGCGGGCACGAUGCUGUCGUCACGCUACUACUCGACCGGGGCGCCGAGCUCGAAGUUAAGGAUUCGAUAUAUAGCUAG